AUUCAAAUGGUAAACAUUUUAUUACUAACGAAGAGGCUGAAAAAUGGGAUAAAGAGCAUCAUGAUCCCAAAGAAGCUAGACUUCCAACAUUAGCAGAGAUAGAGGAAGAAAUUGAAAAAAUAGCUGAAAGGCAAGAAUAUGAAGCACAAAAGGAGUAUACUUUUAAGGCACAUUUUUGGUCAAUUUAUGAAGAAAAGAUAGGACUUAUUCUACAGGAGCAUAUUCCACAAAAAUU